CUGGAGUCAACAUCUUGGUGAUGAGGCAGAGGAAGGGCUUCGUCAGGGUGGCCCUGGAGUUUGGGGCUGAUCUGGUGCCAGUUUACGCAUUUGGGGAAAACGAUCUCUUUAGGCAGGUGAUUCUCUCAGAAGGCAGCCUCGGGCGGAGGUUACAGGAACUUUUUAAAAAGAUCAUGGGUUUCGCCCCGUGUCUAUUCGUUGGAGAGCACAUGGGUAUCCUGCCCUACAGGAAUCCCAUCACUACUGUUGUGGGAAGUCCAAUCUCAGUGCCGAAGCACAUCAAAGUCACCGAGGAGGAGGUGGACCACUUUCAUAAGCUUUACAUGGAGGCCCUCUCCAAGUUAUUCCAUGAACACAAGGUCAGCUGUGGACUCUCUGAAAGUCACGAGCUCCGGAUCAUCUAGACAAUUAACUUUCAAAUGUAAUAGCUGUUUUUAGUUGCUGCUUUUGUGUGGAUCCGAUACUCUUAAACAACAUUGAUCCAGCAG